CAAUUGUCAAAAUAGUUGUGUACGAAAAUAGCGAAACGAGAAGAGAAUUUCGCAAGGCCUACCUUCCAGGUUGUGGAGUGUUUAAUUUAUAAUAAUUAUCCUCAAUUAAUCAAUGAUUUAUGAUGGCCACAACAGCGUAUGAGCAUGAUGCUGAUGGGUGUAAGUUUAUCCCAGCGACACAGCGUCCUGACGGUACCUGGCGUAAGCCACGGAGAAUCAAGGAUGGUUAUGUUCCUCAAGAGGAGGUCCCCCUAUAUGAGAGUAAGGGCAAGCAGUUCAAAGCCCGCCAGAAUACUGGACUUCCAGUGGGUCUGCCCCCUGAGGUAGCAGCCCAAGCACAAAAGAAGAAGAAUAACCCUGGUGUCAUUCAGCCCAUUCCAGGCAUGCUCAUCAAUGUGGACAAAAAGAAGAAGAAAAAGAAGUCUGGUGCUGAUGAGGCAGCAGAGAAACUUGCCAAAUGUGAGAUAACAGAACCCAACUUUUCCACCCCCUCCCCUUCAACACCCACCAAUUCUGCCACAGACCCAGUGAAACGUCUUAAGAACUUAAGAAAGAAACUCAGAGAAAUUGAAACUCUAGAGGAAAAGAUCAAGAGUGGUAUCCUCAAAACUCCUGACAAGGAUCAAAAAGAGAAAAUGUCAAAGAAAAAUGACAUUAUCAAAGAAAUUGAACUUUUAGAGAAAAAUAGUGAAUAAGUUAUACCAAAUUGAAUUAAAUUUUAUUGUUGUUGACAACAAACUAUGAAUUAUGUCAAUAGAUUGCAUGAAUGUGUUCUCUGAGUGGGUGCAUAAUGAUGAAAAUUUCUUUUAUUAUAAAUUAUUUACAAAACAAUUCUAAAUCUACUUAUUUCUGCAACAC